AGAGUCUGCUUAACCAGUAACCACCUAACCUAUGGCUGCCACGCCGGAGGAAUCCGGCCACCUCCCAUGGCCGGAGCCGCCUGCUUCCUCGGCCUUCGACGACGACAUGGUCCUCCCCUACAUCUCCCGCCUCCUCAUGGAGGACGACGUCCAAGACCACUUCUUUUACCAGUAUCCCGACCACCCGGCACUCCUCCAUGUCCAGCAGCCCUUCGCCCAGAUCCUUGCUUCCUCUUCUUCUUCCUCCUCCUCCUGCUCCGGCGGCAGCGGCGGCUCGUCGUCCUCCUCCGCCGAUGCCCCGCCCAGCAGGACCUUGUUCGACGACGAGGUGGCGGCCAAGACAGCGACUUUCCCCACUGCUCAGGUUAACAGCGUUGACCAGGCCGCAACAAGCUAUGGACUCUUGGGUGCCGGCUCUGACAUGCUCAACAUGGCGUUCCUCAAGGGCAUGGAGGAGGCCAACAGGUUCUUGCCCACCACCAACGGCAGCCAGAGACUCCUCAUGUUGGGCCAAGGGGAGUUGGUUACUCAUGGCGGACGGAAAGACAGGGACGACUCGGAGGUAGGCGCAGGCAGGGCCGCCAAACUGAUGGCACCGGAGCCGGAGCUGGAGGAGGAAGGCGCAAGCGAGAUGUUCGACGAAAUGAUGCUCCAGCAACACGAGAUUUGCAUGAAGGGGGUGAAGCAGCUGAGCGUCAGCACGGGCAGUGAGACGGGGAAGAAGGCCAAGCCCAGGACGAAGAGCAGCAGCAAGGAAGGGGGAGGCGAGAAGAGGCCGCGGGGGCGACGCAGUACGAUCCACACCGAGACGGUGGACCUGCACAACUUGCUGCUCCAGUGCGCGCAGGCGGUCACGACGGACGACCGCCGGAGCGCGCACGAGCUGCUGAGGCAGAUCAAGCAGCACUCGUCGCCGUGGGGAGACGCGGCGCAGAGGCUGGCACACUGCUUCGCGCAGGGGCUGGAGGCCCGGCUGGCCGGCACCGGGAGCCAAGUGUACCAGUCGCUCAUGUCGAGACGCACCUCCGUGGUUGACUUCCUCAAGGCGUACCGGCUGUACAUGGAGGCCUGCUGCUGCAAGAAGGUGGCCUUCGUCUUCUCCAACAAGACCAUCUACGACGCCGUCGCCGGGAGGAGCCGCCUCCACAUCGUCGACUACGGCCUCAGCUACGGGUUCCAGUGGCCGGGCUUGCUCCGCGAGCUGGCGGCCAGGACGGGCGGCCCGCCGGAGGUGAGGAUCACCGGCAUUGACCUACCCCAGCCUGGGUUUCAUGCGACCCAGCACAUCGACGAGACGGGGCGGCGGCUCGCCAAGUACGCCGACGAGCUCGGUGUCCCGUUCAAGUUCCAGGGCAUCGCGGCGACAAAGAAGGAGAGCGUGCGGCUGGAAGACCUCGAGACGGAAGCAGACGAGGUGCUGGUGGUGAUCAGUCUGUGCCAAUUCAGGAACGUGAUGGACGAGAGCGUGUCCCCGGCGGAGGAGAGGCGGAUGAGCCCGAGGGACGAGGUGCUGAGCAACAUCCGCAGGAUGCGGCCGGACGUGUUCAUCCACGGGAUCAUGAACGGCGGCUAUGGCGCGACCUACUUCCUGACGCGCUUCCGGGAGGCUCUCUUCUACUACGCGGCGCAGUUCGACCUGCUGGAGGCGACGGUGGCGCGGGACAGCCACGAGCGGAUGCUGGUGGAGCGCGACAUCUUCGGCCGCGCGGCGGUGAACGUGAUCGCCUGCGAGGGCGCGGAGCGGGUGGAGCGGCCGGAGACGUACAAGCAGUGGCAGGCGAGGAACCAGCGCGCCGGCCUGACGCAGCUGCCGUUGAAUCCCAAGGUGGUGACGCUGGUGCUGGACAAGAUCAGGGACAGGUACCACAAGGAUUUCGUGGUGGACCAGGACCACCGCUGGCUUCUGCACCGCUGGAAGGGCAGGGUGCUCUACGCCCUCUCCACUUGGGUUGCACUAACCUAGGCAGCUACCUUCCAUUUUCAUGGGCAUCUCAUUUUUUGAUCGUGCUGACCACUGUCUCACUUACUGUUUCCUACUACUAGUUGUUGUUAGUUAAUCAUGGCUGCAUAAACACGAGAAUGGGACUGGUCUAUGGAUAAAUAAAAAUGUUGAUUGCUUGAUUAAGCAAAGCAGAUCCUUUCUUGU